ACUCUGUAACAAAAUGGUGAAGCAUGAGUCCGAGUCCUCGGCUACUCUAAAUCUAAACACUGUAGUGUUUUUUUGUUUUUACGUCUGAUUUAAAUUACUUGCUAUUAUAGUUUUUUCUUAUACAGUGCAACAUAACCUUCGUAAAGUGUAUUGUGUCUUUGUUUGUAUACAGUUUUACAUUCAAUAUUCAAUGGUAUUAGAGUAGCCGUUUCUUAUAAUGUUUACAUUAUUGGGUGAAGUCAAUUUAUGGAGUUUUGAUGACAAUAUUAAUAUAAAAAGUACAGACUUUGGUGCAUUUAGGUAUCAUGAUAAACGUGUUGAUGGUAUACACGAAGAAGGAAAACGAUCAUAUAGUCAAAAGCGUGGUAUGAUAUAUGUACCAACAAAUAAAAAGGGAAAUAAAUUGAAAGAUUCAAUUAAAUAUUUAGAGGAUCAAUUGAAAGACAAUUCGAUUAUAUAUUGUCAGUGGUACGAUGAUUGUGUUUUACAGUUAAUGUUAAAUAAUGCGCUGUUGAUACAAAUACAAGUUAAUGUUGCUACCAGUGAUAUAUAUAAAAUAACUUUUGACAAAUAUCUUGUUGGAAAACUUUCUGAGUACAUAUCAGAUGUGUUAAUUACUAAAAGUUAUGUACUUUGUACCUACAAUGAUAAUCAAGUAAGCCUUGUACAUUUUACAAGAUCGAAAAAACAUGUAUUUGAUAAAAUUAGUAAACUUGAACCAAAAUUAUCCACCAUUGAUCUGUUUGGUCCAAAUGGUCGCAGGUUGGAUAAAAAAGUGCAGACUAAUAAAUGUAAUGAUUUGAUAUUAAUAUGGUGGAAAUCCACAAUGAAUGAAGUUUAUCCAUGGAGUCCGGCUGUGAAAGAACAUGAUCGUGCAAAUAUACAUCUUUAUCGUUUAGUAGGAUUAAAAUUAGAAUUAAUUUGUUACAUACGUAGUGAGUUUGAUCCUUUAUGUAUAAUAUUUGAUGCAUGUCAUGAUAAUAUUAUUCAUUCUGUAGAACAGAAAGUAUCAAGAAAGGGUGAGGUGACUAUAGAAUGGAGGACAUAUGAAAUUUCGCAACAAGAUAAAUUGCAAAGAAUAGCAGUAACAUCAGUACCUUUACCUACACAUACAAGCUGCAUAAAAUUCUCACCUAAUCAGGAAUUACUACUUUUAUGUUGCAUAGAUGGUUCUGUAGUAGUUUAUGAUCAAAACAGAGCAACAACUACCAGUGUAAAAGCAGGCUUUAUACCAACAUUAGCAUCAUGGCAUAGUAAUGGAAUAAUAUUUAUCAUUGGAAAUGAUAAAGGUCAAUUCCAACAUUUUGAUAUUUCUUUAUCUAGUAUUAAAAGUCAAACACUAAAUGAAGAUGUAACACCAGCCAAUAUUUUAGACUUGUCAUCAUAUUUUAGAACUCAACCAGCAUUAUUACGUAUGGAGUGGAAUAAAAAAAAUGAUAUAAAUUGUUACAUUAAUUGGCAUAAUCAUGGGAAUUCUCUUCUACUGUUAAUUUUUCAACGAGGCCCUAUAGGUGUAAUAAAACUACUGGAUGGAGAUUCUUUAUCCGGUGAUGUAUUAGUUAAAAGAUAUCUGUCUUUGUAUCAAGUUGAGCAAGCAACUUCUUUAUUGUUAUCUAUGAAUUGGGAUACUCAUCCUCGGGCAUGUAUGCAUACUCUAAAUCAGAUCUUAAAUCACUUAUUUAAACUUCCAUUGACAUCAGAACGUGAAAAUCUUAUACAAAAUGCUUUGGGCAGUUUUCACAUUCCAGUUAAACCAAUUAGUCAAGCUAUUGAAGAAGAGUAUGGAGAUGAAAUAAGAGAUCUGACAAGAAGAUUUUUUUAUCAUUUGUUACGGUAUCAAAUGUUUGAAAAGGCCUUUAGGCUCGCUAUAGAUCUAAAUGAUCAUGAUCUUUUUAUGGAUAUACAUUUUUAUGCAUUAGUUGUAAAUGAUAUGGAAAUGGCUGCUGCAGCCAAAGAAAAUGCGGAACGCAUAUUGACUAGAUCGAACAGUUGCAAUAGUUCACAUUCUACUUGCUCCAGAGCAUCUUGUUCACUGUGUUCUGAUUCGACGAGCGAUAAAGGAGAGAAAUCUUACAGUGAUGAAAGUGAAAAUUCCUCUAAAGAAAAUCAGACUGAUGUAAAGCAUUCUAAGAGUUAUAGCUAUAAGAAGGAUUCCAAAAGUCAAAUUCCACCUUUACCAAUUCUCGAUGCUCACAAUCUUAAAAAAAGUCUGUUACCUACAUCAUUUCCUGAUAUUCCAUCUAGUGAAAACCCUGAUUGUAAUUUAGUGUCGACAUCUUUCAAUAUGCCAAACACUACCAUUUCAUCUUCUUUCAAUCAUUCGUCUCACCUUUCACUUCUAAACACAUUUUUUGCAAGAACAUCAUUUAACAAACCUCUAUAUAAAACGCAUUCAGCACAUCCUACACAAACAUCUACAGUAACUUCUACUAACAAUUCACAAUCGUUUGAUAUUUCUGAUGAUCUAAUGACAACUUCAUUUGGAAGUGUGUCUAUCAGUGAACAGAAAACUACAUUGCUUAAUCGACAUACUGAAAAUUCAAUAGAAAUUGCACAGAAUAAAUCUGUUCUUGAUGAAAUGCAGUAUUCACUUGAUAGUAUGUCUGAUAGCGCAAUGUCAACACAGUUGACACAAGACAACAGCUUCAUGUCAACUCCUUUUAACAAUCCAAUUUAUGAAACAGUUGCAUUAGAUGUUCCACCAAACUUAUUAAAAUCUUCAUUAGACAGUAUUGAUAGCAAUAUCAUGUCAACAUCUUUUAGCACACUUGGUACAAAUAUUCCACAUACAUAUGACACUUCCUUUUGUAAUUUGGUAACUAGUGAACCUGAUACUACCAUAUCUUCAUCUUCUCUAAAGAAUAUGAAAUCAUCAGUCACAACUAAUGACUUCACAUCGAAGACACUUUCUGAUUCUAUUAUAGUAAAUAAGUUAAACACAAGUUUUCAUAAUAAUCAUAGUAAUCUCAUGUCAACCUCUUUUAAUUUUCUAGACAAUGAUUUACAAGAUUCUCAUGGCAACAUUGUUAGUAAAAGUAUUAACAAUGAUGACAGCCACAAAACUAUAAAAAUACAACCGUCUCAUACAGAAAAGAAAUUAGGAGACAUCAAUAUUCCACCACCACCGCCUUCUUUAACAACUUCAUAUACUAAUUACUUUCAUAAUCUUCCAAAAAGAAAUCUUCCUCUGUCCAGAAGCACAUCUGGCUUAGCAGAUAUUGAUGAACCUAUUAAAACGUUUUCACCUAUCAGAACAAGAAAUAUCUCAUCGCAUUUACUCCAGAAACAAAAUUCUACAACUAACAUUUUACAAACUCAUCAUAAGCAUGGUACCAUUAAGCCUUCUAAAUAUAGACUCAAUUAUGAUCUCGAUUACAUUUCAUUUCAUGGAAGUUGUGAUAAUAUACAUUCCUCUUCUAAUAAUAUGAAGCUUGGCACGUCAAAAUAUGCUUCUGCUUACAAUAUUCAAAAUAGAUUCGAUAAUAGACAUUCUAAAUUAAUAUUGCCACAGAAUAGUACAAACAUUAAUGUUAAUAAAGAAUCUAAGAUAUCAUCGAACAUACCUCCACUGCCUAUUAUAUCAACUCCUACAUCUAGUUCUAUAUCCUGUUCCCCAUUUUCUACUUUCCCAGAUGCAACAUUAACAACCAAUGAAAAACCAAAGGUCAAGUUUUCAGAUACAGUAACCCACAUAUUUGUACCAGACACCGGUCAAUCGCACAAACAAAAGCGAUCUACAAUUACUCAAGUACACCUAACUGAUCCAAAACGUGAAUUAGCAGAAAGUCUUCCAUUGUGCCUUGGUAAUGAAGAUUAUUUAAAAGACUUUCAACCAUUGUCAAAAGAGGAUAUUAGUGACAAAACAAAAGAACCUGCAAAACCAGAAGAGGGUUCUAAAAUAAAAGUUGUACACUUUGGACUUUUAUAAGUAAAGGAGGAAUGCAGAUUUUAAUGAAAGUAGAUAAAAUACUGUAUUUACAUAUUUCUAUUGUUUGUAAGAAUAUCCAUAUGCCUAUUUUGUAUAUAAUUUUUUUAUAUAAAACAGACUGUUUUGAAAUUGUA